AUGCCGCCGCCCUCGCUCCUCUCCCUCCUCCCCGCCGCGUCGGUCUCCCCGCGUGCCCGCCGACCCAAGCACGGAGCGCCUGCGGCGAGCCACCGCCUCCAUUCCCGCAUCCCCGUCCUACUCAGCGGGCGAACUCCCUCGCCGCUCCGCUCCUCACCCUCCUCCUCCUCCGAUGUGGUCGAGGGCGGGGGUGGCGGAGGGGGAGGCGAGGAGCUCCACCUGCUCGACAAGCCCUUCCCGUCCCCCUCCGCGCCGGAGGAGGACGAGCCCGAGCCGGAGGCCGCCCCGGCGCCGUCCACGGCCGAGGCGCUCGCGCCCUACCUCAACUUCUUCCAGGUGAAGGGCGCCGACGCCAGCGAGGGCACGUCCGAAGCCGCCGCCGCCGGGAAGGAGAAGCACGCCUCGGAGGACGGGGCUGUGUCGGCCGGGCGCGGGGUCAUCUACUACGACCCCAUGCCCGGGGACCUGGUCGUCGGCGUCGUCGUCGGGGGCGACGCGCGGGCGCUCGACGUAGACGUCGGCGCCGGAGGCGAGCCGGCGCUGUUGCUGACCAAGGAGGCGGCGCCGGCGUCCCCGGAGGAGUUCGCUUACCUGGCGUGCGACGUCGCGUCGGGCGGCGCGAGGGAGUUCGCCGCGGAAGGCAGGGUCGGCGUCGCGGCCGGCGGGGGCGGGAUUGUGAAGUUUGGGAGGACCGGGAAGGAGAAAUGUGCGCCGGUGGUGGGCGUUGGCACGGUGGUGUUCGCCGAGGUCCUCGGCCGAACACUUGGCGGGCGGCCGUUGCUGUCUGCGCGCAGGCUGUUCCGGCGCGUCGCGUGGCACAGAGUGAGGCAGAUAAAGCAGCUAAAUGUGCCUAUCAAGGUUAAAAUUUCUGAGUGGAAUGCUGGAGGCUUGUUGUCAAGAAUUGAGGGGCUCCGGGCAUUCCUACCUAAGCCUCAGAUGAUGACUAGAGCAAGAAAUUUUACAGAUCUAAAGAACAAUGUUGGUCGACAGAUACAUGUCUGUAUUACAAAGAUUGACGAAAGGACUAACGAAUUAAUAAUUAGUGAAAAAGAGGCUUGGGCAAUGUUAUACCUUAAAGAAGGGGCUCUCUUGGAAGGGACAGUCCGCAAGUUGUUCCCAUAUGGUGCACAAAUAAGGAUUGGGGAGACUAACAGAAGUGGUUUGCUGCAUGUAUCAAAGAUAACACACGGUCAGCUGAGAUCCGUCAGUGACGCGCUCAGGGUGGGCGAGAGAGUGAAAGCGCUUGUGAUCAAAUCGACGACGCCAGACAGAAUUGCUCUUAGUAUUAGGGACCUUGAGAGCGAGCCUGGACUGUUUCUCUCCAACAAAGAGAAGGUGUUCGCCGAGGCGGAGGAGAUGGCGCGAGGAUACCGGGAGCAAAUUCCGGCGACGCCUCGGUCCGGCGAGGCGCCCCACGACGGGGACGACGACACCGUCCCGUUUGAGGACGAAGCGGCGUCCUAUGCCAACUGGAAGUGGCUGAAGUUCAUCAAGUCGGACAGAGCAGACUGUAACCCCAGCAGCACCGAACCGUCGGGAUUGUAA